AUAGGAAAUGAAAAUAAAAAUAAAUGAAACAAUGAGGAGUGAUCAUUUAUACAAAGCAAUUAGCCAGCAAUAUAGAAAACUUUGCGAAAUUCAUGGGAAGCUUUCAUUGGUCCAAUGGGCAAUGAAAAACUUCUCUGAAAAACUCCAUAAUAUAACUACACUUGAACCGCCAAAACAAGAAGAAGAGAAAACCAAAGCCAUAAAGCACCAUAAAGAAGAAGAAGGAGAAGAAGAAGAAAGAGCUAGAUGUGAGUGGGAUUUUAAUCUUGAGACGGUAGUUUCAUCAAGCAACAGCCAAUCUGUAUCUCACGCCCUUGGCGCUAUCGAAUUUGACCAGUCUGAAAAUUUCGUUGCCACAGGUGGAAUAGCGAGAAAGAUAAGAAUCUACAGCAUUAAGUCUUUGCUACCGCACAAAGGUAGUCAGUACGAACACAUACUUUCUUUAGACCAUGCUAAUGCAUGUGACUACUAUAUGUGUACCCCGGCUAAGCUUAGCAGUCUCCGAUGGAAACCUGGAUUUGACAGCCGGAUUAUAGGGUCCGGAGACUACGACGGAGUGGUGACGGAAUAUGACCUUGAAAGAAGAUUACCGGUAUUUGAACGAGAUGAGCACGGCGGUCAUCGGGUUUGGAGCGUGGACUAUUCCAAUUGGAAUCCGGUGGUGGGCGCAUCCGGAUCGGACGAUGGCACCAUGCAAAUGUGGGACCCACGUUGUGAGGAUGGAGAUGUGGCUACGAUUCAACCUAGCGUGACUCGCAGUGCUGUCUGUUGUGUGGAGUUUAAUCCGUUUGGUGGAUCGAUGAUAGCCAUUGGAUGCGCUGACCGGAAAGCAUACGGAUACGAUAUUCGAAUGAUGGUCAAACCGGUUAUCAUGCUCGAUGGGCAUAGAAAGACUGUGACAUACGUUAAGUUUGUGGACGCUAAUACAUUAGUGUCUGCAAGCAUUGAUGGGUGCUUAAAGCUAUGGAAUUUAAACGAGUCUAAAAUGAUUCGCACGUACAAGGGACAUGUCAAUAAUCGGAAUUUCGUAGGGCUAUCGGUGUGGAGGAAUGGAAGUUUAUUGGCUUGUGGAUCAGAAAAUAAUCGAAUAUUCGUUUAUGACAAGAGAUGGGGAGAACCCAUAUGGAUGCAAGGGUUCGACACAGCAGGUUCAAGUAUGGAAAACCAGGAGUUUGUCAGCAGUGUCUGCUGGAGGCAAGUGGGAGAGGAUAAGUGCACACUAAUUGCAGGUGGAUCAGAUGGUGUCUUAAAAGUUUUUCAAGGCAAAAGGAAGGCAAAUACAACUCCUAGUUAAAAUGGCGUAAAUAAAGGUUUUUUUUUUUUUUUCCUUUUUAAAAUUAAAAUUUUCAGUUUACAGCUAUCGAGUUGCCGGUUGCCCCGCCAUAUUAACUAAAAAAAGUGGCUGGCGUUCUUGCUCUGUUUUUGAUAACAGUGUGAAAUUUGGAAUUUGGAGUCUCAAUUUUGUGGUCGUGCAUGAUUUUAAGUCAUCAAAUAUUUAAUUUGUACUCUGAGGAGAUUAUGGUUUAUGUACGAUUCGAUGUGAUCUAUGCUUUUGCUGAUAAGACCAAACACCAAUCUUUUGAAAAA